GGUCCUGGUCAGUUCUUGGAUGGGAGACCAGAUGCUGCUGGAAGUGGUGUUGGAGGGCCGGUAGGAGGCACUAUUUCCUCUGGUCUAAAAUAAAAUUUCCCAAUCCCCCAGGGCAGUGAUUCGGGACACAACUCUACCUACAUGUACAUACUACCUCAACUAACCGGUGCCCCUGCACAUUGACUCUGUACUGGCACCCCUCUGUAUAUAUUGUUAUUUUUUAAUGCUGCUCUUUAAUUACUUGUUACUUUUAACUCUUAUUCUUAUCCGUAUUUUUUUUUAAACUGCACUGUUGGUUAGGGGCUCGUAAGUAAGCAUUUCACUGUAAGGUAUGUUGUAUUCGUUGCAUGUGACUAAUAAAAUUGGAUUUGAAUUUUGAUUUGAUGUCCAAGUAGAUUUAAGUCAAAACUCUACUGUCUUCUCGGAACAUCGACUGUCUUCUUGGAACAUCGACUGUCUUCUUGGAACAUCGACUGUCUUCUUGGAACAUCGACUGUCUUCUUGGAACAUCGACUGACUUCUUGGAACAUCGACUGUCUUCUUGGAACAUCGACUGUCUUCUCAGAAACAUCGACUGUCUUCUCGGAAACAUCGACUGUCUUCUCGGAAACAUCGACUGUCUUCUCGGAACAACAACUGUCUUCUCAGAACAUCGACUGUCUUCUUGGAACAUCGACUGUUCUCUCGGAACAUCGACUGUUCUCUCGGAACAUCGACUGACUUCUUGGAACAUUGACUGACUUCUUGGAACAUCGACUGACUUCUUGGAACAUCGACUGACUUCUUGGAACAUCGACUGUUCUCUCGGAACAACAACUGUCUUCUCGGAACAUCGACUGUCUUCUCGGAACAUCGACUGUCUUCUUGGAACAUCGACUGUUCUCUCGGAACAUCGACUGACUUCUUGGAACAUUGACUGACUUCUUGGAACAUCGACUGACUUCUUGGAACAUCGACUGACUUCUUGGAACAUCGACUGACUUCUUGGAACAUCGACUGUUCUCUCGGAACAACAACUGUCUUCUCAGAACAUCGACUGUCUUCUCGGAACAUCGACUGUCUUCUUGGAACAUCGACUGUUCUCUCGGAACAUCGACUGUCUUCUCGGAACAUCGACUGACUUCUCAGAACAUCGACUGUUCUCUCGGAACAUUGACUGUCUUCUUGGAACAUCGACUGUCUUCUUGGAAUAUUGACUGUCUUCUUGGUAAGCAACUCCAGCGUAGAUUUGGCCUUGUGUUGUAGGUUAUUGUCCUGCUGAAAGGUGUAUAUUUUUUAUUGCAGUCACUGCAAUGUUGAUCCAUUCACAGUUUUCUUCUAUCACAGCCAUUGAACUCUGUAGCUGUUUUAAAAUCACCAAUGGCCUCAUGGUAACAUCCCUGAGCAGUUUCCUUCCUGUCCUGCAACUCAGUUCUGAAGGAUGACUGUAUCUUUGAUGUGUCUGAGCGGUUUAAUACAUAAUCCGCAACAUAAUUAUUAACUUGACCAUACUUAAAGAUAUAUUCAAUGUCUGAUUUGUUAUUGUUGCCCAUCUACCAAUCCCUGCCCUUCAUUAUGAGGCUUUCGAAAAGCUCCCUUGUCUUUAUGGUUGAACCUGUGCUUUAAAUUCAAUACUUGACUGAGGAACCUUACAAAUGUUGUAUGUAUGACAGACAGAAGAAGGGGUAGUCAUUACAAAAAUAAUUUCAACCCCUAUUAUUUCACACAGAGUGAGGUCAGAAAACUAUUCAUAGCACCUUGACUCAUUUGUAUGUGCAUUUAUUAUUGAUCUCCAUUAGUUCCUGCCCAGAUAGCAGCUAUUCUUCCUGGGGUCCAGCAAAAAAAUAAAGCAGCUACAGGGCAUUCAGAAAGCAUUCAGACCCCUUCCUGGUAGUAAUUAUUAUUAUUUAUAAAUUUGCAAACAUUUCUAAAAACCUGUUUUUGCUUUGUCAUUAUGUGGUAUUGUGUGUAUAUUGAUGAGGAUUUAUAAAAAAAAAUGCAUAAUAGAAUAAGGCUGUAAUGUAACAAAAUGUGGAAAAAGUCAAGGGGUUUGAGUACUUUCCGAAUGCGCUGUAUAUACCAUUUCAUAAACCUUGUUUUGGUUGUAAUAGUGUUAUAUUGGAGUAAGGUUGGUUGUUGGUGCAAUUAUUAUUAUUUUGUAUCCCUUUUUAAUUUUUGUAUCACAAAUGUAAUGUGAUUGAACACGCACUAACGCUGCGACGUGCACAAAUAACAUGUGCGAACGUCAUAAUACCAAGGAAGAAGAAGAGAUCCAAUCCCAUGACAGGUCCACGGACUCCACUCUGCAAAAAAAAAACGGUUUCCAGGGCCUGGUAGAUAUUUCACUGAUAUGUUGAAAGAAUCUGGGCAACACCCUAUUACCAAACCCACACAUCCUGUACAGAUUUGCCACUCAUUCUUCCUGCGUCGAAACAAAAUGGCGACGGGUGGUUUAUCUCGGGAGCAUUUUAUCUGCUCUGUCUGUCUCGAUGUCUUCUCCAACCCCGUCACGAUUCCCUGUGGACACAACUUCUGCCAGGGAUGCAUACAGUCCUACUGGAACAAAGGGGGGUGCAGCUGCCCUCUGUGUACGAGAAAGUUCGCUGAGAGACCUGAGCUGGCCAUGAACCAUGUUCUAGACGCCCUGUCCAACACUCUCAGAUUGGCGGAGCCACAUCGUGAACCAGCGAAAAUCUCCAUUCUUCCCAGGACAAUGGCAGGGAAGUGUACAGCUAUAGUUGAAGACCUGGCCCAGCCAAGGGAUGUGAACACAUUAUGUGGUGAUCAUGGUCAACCUCUGUCUCUGUUCUGCCUGGAUGAUAAGGCUCUGAUCUGCGCUCAAUGUGACUCUCUGGGUCAUAAGACCCACAAAACCACACCUGCAGAGGAACAGAUCCCCCAAAUCAAGCGGAGACUGUUGAAAGAGCUGCUUGCCAAACAGAACAAUGUUUGCACGGUAAAGACGGAGAUUCUCAAAGCAAAGAACACUAUGGAGUCAUUCAAGAUCUCUGCCAGUCUACAGAAACAAGAACAGCAGACAAAUUUCAUCAUGCUGAUCUCAGCCAUCACAGAGGAGCAGAAACAACUGAUGGCCUCAAUGGAGGAGAAAGAGAAAGAGAUGCUGCUGAAAACAGAGGGUGAGGUUCAGAAGAUGGAGAAGAGAUUCAAGAGCUUGGAGGAUGAGGUCACUGGGAUGGAGCUCGUAUUGCAGGGUGAAGAACCUGGGAGGUUGCUUCAGGAUUACAAUGCCCUGCAGAAAGGCUCAGUUGAUGCAUCUCCUUACUGUGUCAGUCUGGACCCAGAGGAGAGACUUGUUCAGGCAGGAGAACUCAAAGAGAUGCUCCACAAGGAGGUCGACAGGAUCUGGAAGGACCAAGGUUCUGCCGCUAGCACAGCUUUACGUGUAGAUCCCACAGCCUGUCGGUGUUCACUGUCAACACUGAAACAAUAUGAAAAGACCAUCACCUUGGAUCCCAAUUCUGUCGGGAGACACAUCUGGCUAUCUCUGGACAUGACCAGUGCUAGGAACACAUACCCACACUUCCAGCCCCACACCCUCCACCCAGAGCGGCUCAAACAGUGUGAAAGGGUGAGGGGCGCACAAGGCUACAGUAGAGGCUGUCACUACUGGCAGGUGCACUUUAAGAAUCUUCCCAGUGGGUCGCAGGAGGACUCUUAUUGUGAGGUUGGGGUGAUGUACAAGGAAACCGCUGGCGAAAUGAAGGAGAGUUGGUGCAUACGGUUUUCCGCCUCUCAGUCUACGCCAUAUGCUGAGGCAAUUUCAGGUCGGACAGUUCAUACCAUAACCACUGGUAACCACUCUCUUAGAAGAAUUCAUGUGUAUUUAGACUGUGACUCUGGCAUCCUUGCUGUGUACGGUAAUGUAUCAAGUACAGGAAAUUUACUUCAAAGUAACUCGGGUAAUGUAGUAAAUCGUGUUUACUCUUUCAACACCAAAUUCAGUGAACCUCUGUACCCCAUGUUUGUAAUCCCUAAAGGGGCAGAUAUUAGGUUACAUUAGGGGACCCAAAUGAUGAAUAUACCCAUCUGUGGAUUUAUAGUCAUGGAACAGUUACAUAAUCUAAAUUGUUCAUUUGGAAUGCAAUCUGGGUUUUUUUUUGUACACUGUUAAAAGAAAAAGUAAAACGGCACAAUUGAUAGUUGUGUACUUAUUAAGCAUGAUGCUUGUUGUGAAGGCACAGAAAAUAGGACUUUACCUCAUUGAUGUAUUAAAAGAUUAAUAUCUUGUUUUUGUUUUUUUGUUAGUACAAUUUUUUUUCUCCCGCUUAUAGAUUUUCUGUAAUGUCAGAUUGCUGGGUGGGUGAGGGUUUAACAAAACACUCAAAUGUGCACUUGAUGAAAUUGAUGGAUUGAAAUAUCAAUAAAAAUGCAUUGUAACAACAGCAAAAAA